AUGGCAACCGUGAGGCUAACCCAGGUUAUGACCGCCCUAGUGGAGGAAAUGCUCAUAGACAGCCUGGAGGGCCAUCAGGCAAUAGCCGACAUGGAGAAGUAUCAGGUCAUGGCUUUUAUGAAGGAGGAUCAGGCUAUGGCCACUCUGAAGGGCAAUCGGGUCAUCGAAGCCAUGGAGAAUCAAGUUAUAGUCGCGAUGGGCACGGAUCAGGCUAUGAACGCCAUGGAGGAGGAUCAAGUUAUCGCCGCGAUGACGAAGGAUCUGAUGAUGAAGCGAAUGAUGAUCAUGGAUUUUCUUCAUGAAAAUGCAGCAUAA